CCUGGAGGGGAGAGGCUCUAUUUUCUCAAACACAGUGCUACAGAGUUUCACAAUACCCUGUUGGCAAGGCUCAUCUCAAGGAACCUCACAGACAAAGAUCUCCCAAGACAAUUUUACCAUACUUUUCUCCUGACACUCAUUCUGUGACCAGUGGAGGUUGUGAGAACGGCAGGCAUGGCUAUACCCCAGCAAGUUGCCUGCAGUGCCAAGAGUCACCCUGGCAAAUGUGGUGAAAGUUCUGACAUCAGUAUUUGUUAUGGAAUCUCCGAGGAAGAGAAGGCAGCAGUGAGAAAUUGGGGGAAGCAUGUUUUGAAAGCCCUGAUGAUUUUGGGCCUCAAUGUCAAAAAGGCCCCUAUGGUGUCUGUGCUGGUCUCUGGUGGGGGCCUGAGGGCUGCCGUAGCCUGCCAAGGUAUUCUUAGUGAGCUGAGCCAUGUGGGACUCCUGGACAUGGUCACAUACAUUGCAGGGGUCUCUGACUCCACCUGGUGCAUGUCCUCCCUCUAUACCCAGAGUGAUGGGUGGCAGAACUUGGUGAAGGCAGAAAAUGAGCUCCGGAGGCGGCUGCAAGACUCCUGGAAGUUCUCUAUUGUCCUGGAUGGGCUCUGUGAGGCUGCAGAGAGGGAUGACAAUUCCCUCACUGACUUCUGUUUCUAGGUACUUGUCUGUCCCAUGUGAGAGAGCAGUCUGAGAUGGGGACUACGCCACAUCCCAUAUUCGCCACCAUCAACGAUGACCUCAGGUCGGGUGGAAAGAAGACUCCAAGUGAGCAUUGUCUUGGUAUCUCCCCUGGAGGAGACUUAAGGCCUCUAGGAAGAAAUCGCUGAGAAGACGGGAAGAGGAAAGCCCGUGGUCUCCCCACCCCCCCACCUUGAUGAGAGCAAGCCCUUCAGAAAGACAGAUAAGUUAAACUUUUUCACUGAUGUUCUACCAGUGUCCCCAGAACAGUGGCAGCUGGUUAUGAUGUCUGUAUUGAGAGUCAAGGAAUUACUGGAUAGUGGAGAUAGACAAGAGAAGAUGAGGAAAGACAGACUCAAGAUUCUGCAAGGAAGCCAACAGAAAAUCUGCACUAUAACCAAAGGGAACAGCUUGAAGACUCCAGCAAUCGAACUUCCUAGAUCAGGAGUUGUGAAUUUACCCGUUUGCCACAAUCAUUCCCUGAGCUUGAGUCCACUUUCCCCCUGGAUUAUUGGGUGAGUGAGAAAAUUG